AUGGGGGGAUUGGGAAAGACCACUUUGGCUCAAUCCAUCUACAAGUCAGUAGAAAAACACUUCCUAUAUAGGAUAUGGGUUUGUGUGUCUGAUGAGUUCGACGUUUACGACAUCUUACUGAAAAUUAGGGAGUCAAUCACCAAUUCUUGGUCUAAAGAUUCCACGGAAUGGGACAAACUUAAGAGUGUCCUGGACGUCGGCGCUGUUGGCAGCAAAAUUAUCGUCACCACACGUAAACAAGAAGUUGCAUCUGUGGUACGGGGUAUAAUUCCUCCGUACAAUCUAAAUGUAUUAUCAGAAGCCGAGUGUUGGUCCAUCAUCAAGAACAAAGCUUUUUCUCCAGGUGGAGCACCUGAGACUCCAACUAUGAAAAAUAUAGGAGAGCAAAUCGCUGUCAAAUGUGGAGGUUUGCCGCUCGCAGCUACCUUUUUGGGGGGUCUUAUGCGCUCACAAAAUGAUGAAAGGCAUUGGUUGUCUAUCAGAGACAACAAAAACUUAGAAACCCCGAAAGAUCAAAGUGGUGGGAUCAUACCCAUAUUGAAAUUGAGUUAUGAUAAUUUGCCUUCUCAUUUGAAACAGUGCUUCUCGUAUUGCUGUUUAUUUCCUAAAGAUUGGGAAUUUAACAGGGAAAAACUGAUUCGACUGUGGAUGGCUGAAGGAUUCCUUCAUUCAUGUAAUGGAGGAAAUCAUUUCUCGCUCGAAGAUAUUGGUAAUGAUUAUUUGCUCAAUUUGUUGUCCAACUCUUUCUUUCAAGAUGUGAAAAUAGAUGACCUGGGUGACAUUGAGGAGUUCAAGAUGGAUGAUUUAGUACAUGAUCUUGCACAAAGUGUCAUCGGCAGUAAUGAAGUCACGAUUCUGAAUGCAAGUGAAAUGCAAAAUGAUGAUGCAUCUCAAAUUCGUCGUUUACAGUUAAUUAUGGAAGGAGAAGAAGUAUCAACACCAGUUUCUAAUGUUUUGAUGAAUGCAAAGAAACUUCGGACGACUCUCAGCUUACUUGGUUGCAAGAAUGUUGAAAAGACUGUAGAUAUUUCUCAUACCGGUAUCACAAAGUUACCCAUAAAUAUCGAAUCUCUCCAAAAUCUACAGUCCCUCAAUAUUUCAAAAACAGAUAUCACAGAGUUACCUGAUUCAAUCACUUGCAUCUAUAAUUUAAAGAUGUUGGAAUUUCGUUUGUGCGCGGGUUUAAGAGUAUUGCCAUGUAACUUUGGAGCUCUGACACAAUUAAGGUCUCUUAAUACGACACAUUCUGGAAUAAGAGAAUUGCCGGAGUCUUUGUCUACUAACCUCUGCAAAUUAGAGUCGGUGAACCUUGGAUACUAUUGCAAGAUUCCGAAAGAUAUUAAGAACUGGGUGGAGCUGAGAACUCUCAAUUAUGACGGAAUGGCGCCAAGAGGUAUAGAAAUGCUAACUCACCUGGAAGUGUUAAUUUCUUACGGGGUUAGGAAAGAAGAAGACCGCAUCGGAACUAAUAUCAGUGAUUCUAGUGGGAUCGAAGAAUUAGCAAACCUGAAUUCCCUAAGGGAGCUAAAGGUAUGUCAGCUAGAGAAUGUGAGAGGCAAAAUAGAUGCCGAGCGUGCGAAGUUCAAAGACAAGCAAAACAUUAGAAUGCUGGUUCUUUAUUGGGAAGACUUGGUUGCUAAUAAUUCAGAUUUGGUGUUAGAUGGUCUCCAGCCUCACCCUCAUUUGAAAGAACUGAAGAUACAUGGAUUCUCUGGUUUAAAGCUUCCCGAGUGGAUGGCUUCAUUUUCUUGUCUUCCGAACUUGGUGAAAUUGAGUUUAUCGAAUUUCAAAAGAUGCGAGGAACUUCCUGCACUAGGUAUGCUCCCAUGUCUUAAGCUUCUUUGGAUAGAUGAAAUGAGUUCAGUCAAGUGUUUGGGUGGAGACUUUUAUUACCAAGAAGAAGAAAGCAAAGGUUCUGGGAAAGCUACAGCAGCAGCAGCGUCAUUCCUUUCACUAAUUGAGUACUUGAGAAAUUUAGAAAGAUGGGUUACCCCUCCACCACCUCACAACUCCUUCCCCAUCAUUGAGAAUCUAUCAGUACACAACUGCAAUAUGUUGACACGAGUACCAGAUUCGCGAUUAUGGACUUCUCUCCAGAGCUUAAAAAUCAUGAGAUGCAACAAACUGAAGAAAUCAAUACCGUAUGAUCUCAAGAAAUCCCUCGACUUUAUUAAAGAAACAAAGCUAAUUGAGCUGAAAAGAGGGGAAGAAAAUGGCGGACCGAGUGAAUGUUUCAAGGAUAUGGUGGCAUUCUCAUGCUGCGUUUAUGAUGGUGGGGCGACUGAAAAUUUGGAAAUGGAAGCUGCUCGUGAAAAAAGAUUUGAUAUUGUAAAUGGUGUGGUCGAAGUCAACGGAGUUACAAAAGAGGUUGAGGCUGACAAAGAAGCAGAUAAAGAUACAGAAGAUUGUGUACUUGCAGUAGAGAAGGGUGUCCCCGAUUUUUGGCUCAAUGCUAUGAAGACAAAUGAAAUCACAGAUCACGUCGACGAAGGUGCUAUGAAGUAUCUGAAAGACAUCAAGUGGUGCAGGAACUGUACCUACAUCUCCUUCUUUGUUACCUGA